UUCAUACUAUAUGAUGCCAAACAAAGCAAGAGCUAUCCUCAGUAAACAAGCUCUAGCUUCAGCCAUGGCUAUAGUUCUCAAUCUCCAUUAUUAUCUUCUUCUUCUUGUUACUCUUUCUUCAACCUUCUUUCUCCUCCCUCACAAUCUCGCCACCGCGGACGACACAUUAAUCGAGCAACAAUGUCGGCAAACAGACGCCCCGACAAUAUGCAUUCACUGCAUAAAAUCCCACCCAGAAGCUGCUAAGAAAGCUAACAAACCUGAAACUGUCGCUGCCAUUCUCGUGACUUGUCUAAGCGACGGUGCAGAGAUCUUGAAAGGCAACAUGUCAACACUGGCUUCUUGCACACAAGACAAGAAUUUUAAGGGCGAUUGCGAGGAUUGCAGCAAGUGUUUCGUCGAAGCAAAGGCGAAACUGUCGUCGGCAACCAAUGCACUGAAGAAGGGCGACUAUGAUAAGGCUAAUCACAUCCUGGCCACGGCUCUUCUUAGCAGUAAAAUGAUUGCUUGUGGGUUGAAAAUCGAGAGGUAUAAAUCGAAAGUUCCUGAUGAUGUUUAUAAUAUGAGGAUUUAUAAAGAACUCACUGGUGUAGCCAUGAACAUCAUUGAUCGACUCUCUUAUAGGGAAAAACCCUGAUGCUUCAUAUCAUAAUUAAUGUACCUCUAUUUUGAAUAAUAAUGAAAAUUGUGAGCUGAUCAAAGUAA